AUGGAGCUGUGGACAGAAGCUAGAGCUUUAAAGGCAAGUCUAAGAGGAGAAGCUACAAAGCAUCAGGUGAUUGUGUCGGAGGAAUUAAGCCGAACUUCUUCUGCUGAAGAUUUCUCCGUUGAGUGUUUCCUAGACUUCUCUGAACAAGGUCAACAAGAAGAAGAACUUGUCUCUGUUUCUUCUUCACAAGAAGAGCAAGAACAAGAACAUGAUUGCAUCUUUAGCUCACAACCUUGCAUCGUUGAUCAACUUCCUUCUUUGCCGGAUGAAGAUGUGGAAGAGCUUGAAUGGGUAUCUCGUGUUGUGGAUGAUUGUUCUACACCAGAAGUUUCACUUCUCUCCACUCAAACCCACAAAACCAAACCAAGUUUCUCAUCUCGAAUUCCGGUUAAACCAAGAACAAAACGGUCUCGGAACAGCCUAACCGGUGGUCGGGUUUGGCCACUCGUUUCAACCAGUCAACAUGCAGCAGCAGAGCAGUGGAGGAAGAAGAAACAUGAAACGGCCGUUGUGUUUCAACGGAGAUGCAGCCAUUGUGGCACAAACAACACACCUCAAUGGAGAACCGGUCCGGUUGGUCCAAAAACCUUGUGUAAUGCAUGUGGAGUCCGGUUUAAGUCUGGUCGGCUCUGUCCGGAAUACAGACCGGCUGAUAGUCCAACGUUCUCGAAUGAGAUUCACUCUAAUCUCCACAGGAAGGUUCUGGAAUUGAGAAAGAGUAAAGAGUUGGGUGAAGAAACAGGUGAAGCAACUACUAAAUCAGACCAGGUCAAAUUUGGCAGCAAAGUAGUAGAGAAGACUUAG